UGAGUUGAGUUGAGUUGAGUUGAGUUGAGUUGAGACUGCAUGGUCACGAUGCUAAAUACCAAAUGAAAUUAGUUAAUGCAAUCUUCCUAACAGACAGUAGGGGGUAUUGCUUCACCAUCUAAAACGGUGUGGGUUUGAACCACACUGGUUUUAACAACAAGGAAGUGACCGACUAGCCCGCAGACUGCUGUCAAGAUGGCACCGAGUGGGCUGAAGGCGGUAGUGGGGGAAAAAAUCCUCAGUGGUGUUAUCAAGAGUGUGAAAAAGGACGGAGAAUGGAAGGUCCUUAUUGUGGAUCACAUGAGCAUGCGAAUUCUGUCCUCUUGCUGCAAGAUGUCUGAUAUUUUGGCAGAGGGGGUGACCAUUGUUGAAGACAUCAAUAAACGAAGGGAGCCCAUCUCCAGUUUGGAGGCCAUUUAUUUGAUUUCACCCGUGGAGAAGUCUGUUCGUGCUCUCAUCAAUGACUUCAAAGAUGCUGCCUUUACUUACAAAGCAGCACACAUCUUCUUCACUGACAAUUGUCCAGAUAGUCUCUUUGCAGAGAUCGGCAAAUCAAGAGUUGCAAAGGUUGUCAAGACUUUGAAGGAGAUCAAUGUUGCUUUCCUGCCAUAUGAGUCUCAGGUAUUCUCCUUGGAUGAUCCGGCCUCUCUGUACUCCUUCUAUAGUUCAAAGCCAAAAGAGGGAAGGGACAAAAUGAUGGAAAAUCUGGCAGAGCAGAUUGCAACUCUGUGUGAUACUCUCAAGGAGUACCCUGCAGUCAGAUAUCGCAAGGGACCAGAGGAGAAUGCCAGACUAGCUGAAGAGGUCUACCAACGCCUAACUGCUCAUAAAGCAGACAACCCAAGCAUGGGAGAGGGUGCAGAUAAGGCACGAUCCCAGCUGCUGAUUGUUGACCGUGGGUUUGAUCCAAUCUCACCCAUUCUGCAUGAGUUGACCUUGCAAGCAAUGGCCUACGACUUGCUUGAUAUUAAACAGGACAUCUAUUCCUAUCAGACUACUGGCAUUGGGAAUUCAAAAGACAGAGAGGUGUUAUUGGAUGAAGAUGAUGAGCUUUGGGUUCAGCUCAGACAUAUGCACAUUGCAGAUGUCACCAAGAAAGUGACAGAGCUUCUUCGCACCUUUUGUGAGAGCAAGAGAAUGUGCACAGACAAUGCCAACUUAAAAGAUCUCUCUCAGAUGCUAAAGAAGAUGCCACAGUAUCAGAAGGAGCUGAGUAUGUACUCCACUCACUUGCACCUUGCCGAAGCUUGUAUGAAGAGAUUCAAGGCCUCUCUUGACAAGCUUAGUGAAGUUGAACAGGACCUGGCAAUGGGAGCAAAUGCAGAAGGGGAACCUCUGAAGGACGCAAUGAAGAGCAUUGUUCCUGUGCUCCUCAACAACGAAGUUGAGGCCUAUGACAAAAUCCGCAUCAUACUGCUGUACAUAUUUCACAAGAAAAAAGGCAUCGGGGAGGAGAACCUUGCCAAGCUCAUUCAGCAUGCAAACAUACAGUUGGACAGCAACAUCAUCCAAAACCUGCAGAACCUGGGCUGUAACAUAAUAGCUGGGGGCCGCAAUGCUGGGAAAAACCUGCCAGAGCGAAAGGAGCGCACAGAGAGCACAUACCAGCUUUCAAGAUGGACACCCACUAUCAAGGACAUAAUGGAGAAUGUAAUAGAGGACAAACUGGACCGAAAGCAGUGGCCAUUCAUCUCUGAUCCUGCUCCCAUCAACACUACUCAGACUGCAGUAAGUAGUGCACGCUUUGGACACUGGCACAAAAAUAAAUCCCCCACAGAAUACCGCUCCGGCCCUCGACUCAUUAUAUUUGUGAUUGGGGGGUUGUCACACUCGGAAAUGCGUUCUGCCUAUGAAGUUACACGGGCCACCGACGGGAAAUGGGAAGUGUUGAUUGGAUCAUCUCACAUCAUGACUCCAACCAGCUUCCUUAAUGACCUGAAAAGCCUGGACCAAGUUCCAAAUCCUGAUUGUUAGAUGGUUAAACCCCUGUCAGGGAUAAGCAAACUGGAAUAAGGGUUAAGUCUUUCAUUUGAGAUGAGGGGUUGCUGGUAUUCUCUCAGGGCAUCUUUGUCGUCCUAAGUGAAAAAUGAAGAGUCAUGUUAUGUUCGUAGUUAGUGUCGCUAUGGAAGGACAUGUUUGUGAUUCUUGUUUUAUUUUAUUUUAUUUUAGAUAUUCUUGAUAUUGUUUGUUGUUAACUGGGUUCCAUUUACUGCUGUAAUUUAAAUUGUAUACAACUAUUUAAUGAGAUGAUGAUAAUAUUUUGAUAAUGUCCAUAUUGUCAUUCAGAAUAUUUUUAUGUAACCACAGAAUAUAUUUGAUUACCUUAAUUUUAUGACAUGAGCUGGAUCAUUAUACACCAUUAAUUAUAUGUUGUCGUUUGAUGGGGAUGUAUAUGAGUCAAUGAAAGUAUAUAUCGUUCUUUCAGUAACUUUAAGUUAGGAAACCUUAUUUUCUUUCCUCCAGGUACUGUUGCCUUUUUUUUCCCUUUUUGGAAAUUGUGUCUUAGAUAAAAUAUCUCACCUGCUGUCUUAUGAACUGUUGCACAUUUAGAACGUAAUUUAAUGUACUGCUUGAAACAAGUGUAAUGGUGUUUGUUUCUUUGUUGUUAAAUAUGACUAAUAAAAGAAGCAUAAUAUUCACUUUA